AUGGCCUCCACGGCGGCGGCGGCAGCGGCGGCGCCGGUGGUGAUGGUGACGAACGACGACGGCAUCGACGCGCCGGGGCUCCGCUUCCUCGUCGACCAGCUCGUCGCCCAGGGGCGCUACCGCGUCCUCGUCUGCGCGCCCGACACAGACAGGUCGGGCGUUAGCCACUGCAUUACAUGGCGUUCUGCACUUCGCUGUAAACAUGUCAAUAUCAAUGGUGCUACAGCAUUUGGAGUUUCAGGAACUCCCGCUGACUGUGCCUCUUUGGGCAUCUCUGGGAAGCUCUUUGAUGGUUUGGUUCCUGAUUUGGUGCUUAGCGGAAUCAACAUUGGCAAUAAUUGUGGAUUACAUGUUGUAUAUUCUGGAACAGUUGCUGGUGCUAGGGAGGCAUUUAUAUAUGGGAUUCCUGCAUUAUCUAUGUCAUACAAUUGGGUUGCUGGUCAGAGCAGUGUUAAUGACCUCAAAGUGGCUGCAGAGGUUUGUAUCCCUCUGAUAAAUGCUGUCAUGCUCGAGAUCAAGAGUGGAACCUACCCUAAAGGAUCAUUCCUGAAUAUAGAUGUGCCAUCUGAUGCUGCACACCACAAGGGAUACAAAAUUACAAAGCAAGGAAAAUAUAUGGCCAGAAUUGGAUGGGAGCAAACAGUCUACCAAAAGCCUUCCGUAGAAAGUUACCAGACGGCAAGCAUGGUUAUUGACGGUGAAAAGGACAGAGAUAUAGACACUUCAUCGGCGAAUGACCUACUGUUUAAAAGAGUGAUAGUAAAGAGAAGUUAUGAUGAAGAGGAAGGGGAGGACAUGGACUACAAAUCCCUUGCAGAUGGAUAUAUUACUGUUACUCCUUUGGGUGCUCUCUCCCGCGCAGAAGCAGAUGUCAUACCCUACUACAAGGCUUGCUUGUCUCGCAUUUGA